GCACCAUUUUUCAGUAGAAUAUACCCACGUACGUACCAUGUCGACGAUCAACAACAAAGAGCGGCGUCAUUAACAUUUGUGCUUUUACUUACCUUCUGUUGAACUAAUUUUAGCCAGAUAAUAGUAGUUUGGACGGUAGCAGAGCGCUGUCGUUAGGACUGCGACUCUCGGUAACCAUGGAAACAGACGAGCAGACCCGGAACCGCUUCCAGGCCGAACUGGAGUUCGUCCAGUGUUUGGCAAACCCGUACUACCUGAACUUUUUAGCUCAGAGAGGCUUCCUGAGGGAGAGGACCUUCGUGAACUACCUCAAGUAUCUGCUGUACUGGAAGGAGCCUGAGUACGCCAAGUUCCUCAAGUAUCCUCACUCUCUGCACAUGCUCGAGUUGCUGCAGUACGAACACUUCAGGAAGGAGCUGGUCAACGCUCAGUGCGCCAAGUUCAUCGACGAGCAGCAGCUGCUGCACUGGCAGCACUACUCCCGCAAACGCACACGGCUGCAGCAGGCGCUAGCCGAGCAGCAGCAGGCGCAGCAGCAGCAGCCGCCACACGGGAACGCUGCCACCAAGUGAUGUCACCGGGGGCUGCUUUAUAGCUGGUCAAAAUGAACUCAGACGUUGAAGAGUGGAGUGACGAAGUCCACUCUAUUCUUGCCCACUUCGUGUCUUCCGAGUGAUUGCUGGAAUAUCUCUGUUUGCUCUGUGAUGAUGAUCACGAAAUAUAAACUCAUCAGAUUUAAGUAUUUUGUUCAGGUUUAUGAACCCUGGACAGGGAUUAAAGUUCUCCGUACUGGGUACGGAUUUCCGUCCUGGGGAUUUUUUGGGGAUAUUUUUUUAUGAGAUCAGCGCAAAUACGACAAAAAAUAUGAACACCGGGGUGUCUGUAGCGCCGCGUUGACUUGUCGAACGGCGCCCACUGCAGUCAAUCAGCUGUUGGCUGUGCACACACAGUAAAGUUCUCUGGUUUUAGAUGCACGUAACCUGACACCUAAUAACUCAGCCUAGGCUGAGUUAUGGUUCUGCGUCAAAACGACGCCGUGCCUACGCAUGUGGUUUGCGUCGACGUGUUUUUGAUUGUUAUUUUAUUCUGCAUGUAAAGCACCAUGUGUUGCAAUUAUACAGGCAUCAGAAUCUUCCGUGGAUCCGCGGAUUUUGGUCUCAGCAAAAAAAAAAAAUUCCCCAAACAACGGACCAGGCCAGAAAAGAAAAACAUAAUAUGCAAAAAAUAAGCGACGUAUCUAUCCAUUCAUUCAGAAAUCAAAAAUCAUUUCCAUUUGGGAGCUUCUGUGCGGCGCUGAAUAUGCAAUGCAGUGUUUUGCGGUGUGCUUCUCAUUGAAAUGACUGGAGGCAACACGUUGCGGCAGUGAGCAGAGCCGGCAGGGAAAAAAAGUCAACAGUGCCGCGUGUCCGUGUGUAACCUAAAUCUACCAUGGCCUCAGUGUUAGGGCUCGGCCAGGUGGGGCUUUAUAAAUAUAUGGGCUUUAUAAAUGUAUUAAAUAUAUGAGCGCGGAGUCGGCGUGGCGAGGAGCUGCGCGCACACCGGCCGACAGUGGAGUCGCGCUGUGAAGCCUGAAUUAUGGUUCCGCGUUAAAUCGACGCGUACCUACGCCGUAGGCCUCGGCGUAGGUUACGCGGCGACGCCCCGCGUACCCUACGCCGGGCCUGCGUUGGUGUAACGCGGGACCAUAAAUCAGACUUAAAUCCCUUUAGGCUAAUACUGUGAGAAAUAACCUCUCAUAAUAGCGGUGUACAGUUAAUAAAUGCUGCCGUUUCUGCUGGCUACUGAGUCCCGUAAGUGGCGAGUGAGUUUUAACUCCUUAAUUACUAAGGUGCAUCCCUAGUUUUUUCGGUGGGAAAGGGGGAUUCUGGCCAUUGUAGAAGUUUAAGAUAUAAUUAUCUUCAUUUCAAGAUUUAUUCAUGCAUGAAGAAUUACCCAUGAUGAUGAAUGCGUGUUAUUAUGUUAUCAAAAUGCAUCAUUCUUUGCAAAAAAUCAGAUUUUUUGUGUGUAUUUUUGUGUGUAUUCUUGCGCCGUGUGCUCUGCGUUGGUGUGACGCAGAACCAUAACUCAGCGCUAGACCUCGUCGCAAAUCGGUGUGCCGCAAUGUAAACACUGCGGAGCUACAAGCCUACGUUGCAUUACGAAUGUGACGCGCUGUGAGCUUGUAUAUCUGCAUUUUAAUUUCAGAUGCUUUGUUUAAAGUUAUGUAGCGAGUCUGUAGUGCAGUGCCUCGUUUAGAACCCCCUGUCAUUAUUACAUAAAAAGUAUCUACUAGCACGGAUAUUGCCACUGGAUUAAAAAAUGAACUGGAAUGGAUUAUAAAUGUACGUUUUCAACCGCAACGGGGGGGGGGGGGGGUCUGAAAACUUUCCGUCCUGGGAUUUUUUUUUGCUUUAAUCCCUGACCCUGGAACAAUUGCAGCAAAAAUAUAGUAAGUAUAGUAAUGGUUUUUUUGACUUGCUGUC